UCCCCGCGCCCCCCGUCAACUCACACCGGUCACCGCACCAUCGAGCAAGCAGCAGCACAAGCGCAGGAGCAUCCGAGAGAAGAGGAGGAAGAAGCUAAGCCAAGACCGCGGCGACGCAAGAGAAGGAGAAGUAGAAGAAGAGAAGCAGUCUCGAUUGAUACGGCCAUGGCUGCAGCGGAGGGCAAGAGCAGGAGGUUCGCGCUCGCCUGCGGCGUGCUCAGCCAAUACGUGAAGGCGGAGCAGAUGAUGGCGGCCGCCCCGGCCCCGGCCCCGCGCGCGCCGGCGACGACGCUGAGCCUCAUGCCCGGCGCGGACGUCGGCGCCGAGCAGGAGCCAGCCGCCGCCGCCGCGGUGAGAGGGGAGGAGGCGGCCGGGCCCGCGUCCACGGCGGCGCCGCUCACCAUCUUCUACGGCGGGCGGGUGGUCGUGUUCGAGGACUUCCCGGCGGAGAAGGCGGCCGAGGUCAUGCGCCUGGCCGCCGGCGCCGAGCGGGCGGCGGCCCCGGCCCCGCGCGACGACAUGCCCAUCGCCAGGAAGGCGUCGCUGCAGCGGUUCCUCGCCAAGCGCAAGGACCGCCUCGUCGAGCGCGCGCCCUACAGCCGCCCGUCCCCGGCGGAGGAGGCCGAGAAGAAGAAGCCGGCUGCCUGGCUCGGGCUCGGGAGCGCGGACGCCGACCGCCUCGCCAUCGCGCUGUGAUUUUGGAGCUCGCCGGGUUGCACCUGCACAUGCUGGGGGAUUGACUAGCACUAGUAGUGAUUUAAUUGGGCGGGUUCCUGGGGUUGUAAUCGGAUUGGAUUUGAUCGAACAGAGCCGGAGCAUUUGCUCAUUGCUCUUACAGAGACGGGGAAUUGUAGAGAUGUAUUCUUGUUUGCCUCUUCUGUUUAACAAGAGCGCUUUGCUCUUGUAAGUUUGUAACAUUUCGAUAGAAAGAUGGGAGAUCGAACAAUUCGUCAA